ACCACAGCUUCCUCCUGGCUGUCCCAGCUCCUCCCCCAAGGGCAGGCCCUGAGGGGGAAGGGGCAGUGGGGCACAGAGGAGAGAAGCAGCCUCUAUGGACACCCAGGAGCUGUGCACCACAUAGGGCUGUUCCCUCCUGGUCCGGAUUUACAACUGCCACUGUUGGCCUCCGCUUGCCUCUGGCGGACAGGUCAGCGCUCCCUGGGUCUCCCACUCCCCAAGCUGCCCUUGGCCUUUCUCAUUUUAUCUAUCUCGGAGGUGCUGGGAAAGCUGAGGAGAAUCAGACCAGCUCCAGGUUCCCUCUCCCCAGCGUCCCCCAUGUCCCCUGCCACCAGCACAAGAAGAAACGGCCACAUGGUCCAGAGAGCCCCGCUCCCACCCCUGCUGCUCCUGUCACUGUUGAUCCCAGGCUCGUGGGCUGUACCAGAGGCACAGCCACUUCACCGAGUGGCAGGGCAGACGCUUUCUGUGACAUGCCAGUACCCCCGCAAGGGCUGGCCCUACGAGAGGAAGAGCUGGUGUAAGGAGCUAUCGGCGUUCAAGUGCACCAGGUUAAUCACCAGCUCCGGUCCCCGCAGGCUGGCUCAGGCCUCUCGAUUCUCAAUCUGGGACAACCCUAGCACCGGCCUCUUCAUUGUCACCAUGACUGGGCUGAAGGAGGAAGAUUCAGGACACUACUGGUGUAGAAUUUACCAUGCUUCCGGCAACUCUGUCUCUAAGUCCAUAAGGUUCUAUCUGACGGUGUCUCCAGCCCCCAUCACCUUUCCAGAGAUGGCCUCCCACCAGCCUCCAUCAAGAGCUCUGAGCACUGCUUCCGCCUCCACGCAGGCCACCCGGGCUUCCCGUGACCUGAUCUCAUCACAGACCCAGAGCUGUGUGUCCUCCACUGGAAGAGCCAGAGAGGCCCCCAGGACUUCCUCUGCCAUCACUGCCCCUUCACAAGCUGCCACCCCAACCGGCUCCCCUCCCCUCUGUUUUCUGUUCUCCAGGCAACGAAACUGCACCCUCCACUGUCACCCUGCAGCCCCGGGCGCUCUGGUCUCCGUGCUCUGUGGACUCCUUCUGGCCAAGAGCAUGGUGUUGUCAGCCCUGCUUGUCUGGGCCUUAAGGAGUCGACACGCGCAACACGGAGGGAGGUCUCUGAUGCACCCAGCUCGGUCCAGACUCCAGGCCUCAGGGCCCAAGAAGGAUGGCCAGUAUCCCCCAGGCUCCCCAGGGGCGCCUCCCUGACCUCUGAACCCUUCGCUCCUUGCAAAGAAAAGGCGGAAGUCCCCCAGAACUUGAUCCAACACCCUUGGCUACACCCCUCACUCCAGUGUUGAAGAUUUCUCAGCCUGGCCUCCUCCCAAGGUCCAGGCCCAUGGCUUGCUCACACACAGCUGGCAUCUGGGCCAGCACCAUCCAGGGAUGGGAGCCGAAGACCAGUGCAGUGGCUGUCCACCAAACUGGAGCCACCACGGUGGGCCACUCUGACCCCACCAUCUUCUCCCCUAGGCCUCCCCCUCAUCCUCCUGCUCCCUGCCUCCUCCUCCUCCUCUUGUCCUUCCCCCUCUUCCUCCUCCCCUCCUCCUCUCCUUCCCCCUCCUCUCCCUCCUCCUCCUCCUCCUCCCCUUCCCCUCCUGUCUGUGGCCCCACAGCUCAGCCAGGAUCCCAGGUCACCCCCAGCAUUUCUCUCUCCAUCCCUGUUUGCUCAGCCACACUCUGCCAAGACCUCUGUUCUGCUUCUCUCUGUGGCUUCUGCCUCUUCCUCCUCUUCCUCCCCCUUUGCAAAUCCCCAGCACCUGGCACCUGUACCCAGGCCACUCUUUCAGUCACCUAACUGGCGUCCUGCCUUUGGUCUCCACCUCCUAGAUUGUUCCCCCUUAUCCGUCCUUUCUCAACAACACCUCUGUGCAUUUUUACUGCACAGGAGGUGGGGGCCUCUGCUCUGCCAAGUUCAGCCACCCUAGUCACCAUCACCACAUCACUAUGUACCACGCUUACUGCCCUUGAAGCCACCAAGAUGGCCACAGGCUCUGGAGAGGAGUCGCCCCCCUUGUCCUGCACAAGCUGAGUGGGAGGCUCCACAGUGGAGACCACCCUGGUCUGACCCGAGGCACUGCCCCUCGUAGGACUGCUGUGUCUCUGACACUUACUAUCUCGGUGUCGGACUUCCCAGACUGAGCCUCUAGAUUUAUCUUUUCUCUCCUGUCCUUCCUCUAUUUUUCCUUAUUCCUACUUUCUGGGAAAGCUUCUCAAGGUUGCAUUCCGGUUCUUCUAUUCAAAGAUUUACCGUUUAUGCUCUCACAUCUUAAAAUGUCUAAAGGGUCUAUUUGUGCUCCGAAUGUUCCUUUACGACGACAUGCGUGUUUGCUUUGGCAACGCCAUUUUUUCUCGGGCAGUGUUAAAGUUUUAACUUUUGAGGGUUGUGGUGUUUUAUUUUUUUAAGCCUUGUCUGUUUUCUGUUUCCCCCAAAUACCUUUUUCUAUCUUUCGUUUUCUCCUUUCAUUGACCGCUGUCUUUCCUCAGAACUUUCUGGAAGCCUCUGCUGCUUCUUGGCAGAGCACCGGUAUUUAAAAGCUUGGAGGCCCUGUGUGUGUUACAGAGAUUUGUGGACUCUACGUUGAUUUGGCAAGGGUGUUGUUACGGGCUGUUAUGUGCCCCCCUCCAUUUAUAUGUUCAAAUCCCAACUCCCAAGGUGAUGAGGGAGGAGCCCUCACAAAUGGGAUUCUGCCCUUACAAAGCUCCUUACAAAGCUCCCUGGCUCCUUCUACUCUGUGACGACGCGGUGAGGGGACAGCCCCAUAGGAACCAGGAAGGUCUCACCAGACACACAAUCUGCCAGCAACUUGGCCUCGGACUUUCCAGCUUCCAGAACUGUGAGGAAUAAGAGCUGCUGACGCCCCUCGGUCCGUGGCAUUUUUGUCUCAGCCACUAAGCGGACUAAGACAAGCACCGCUUCGUUUUUUUCUGACAGCUCAGUGUCUCCAAAAAGGUGCUUUGAACCGUCCUCCUGGGGAUAUAAGCCUGGUUCUAGGCACCAGCUGUGGCAAAGCAACUUCCGUUUUCACUCACUCAGGCCCCAGGUGGAACACAGUGUCCUUCUCCAAGGUGCCUGGUGCCCUGGGAGGGCGUCUCUGUGACAGACCCUCGUCAGAGACUAACCUGUGGGUUCUCUGUCGGGUGAGAGAGAGAGAGCGAGGAGGGAGAAAGGAUGGGGGCAGCUGACCCACUCACUCUGUCUCACGGGGGGGCAGAGAAGCUAGGAGCCAGACUGCUUCUCAACCCCAGUCCCCAGCUUGUAGUCUGCGUCCUGAGGUCCCCCCGCCUCCGAUUCCUAGGGCUUCCUGGGUUUCUAAGGUAAAAAAAAGACUUGCUUCUUAUGUCUCCCUCCCCCACGUUUCUCUGGUCCAUUAAAGUCGUCCAAAUGUUACCCAGCUUUAAGACUUCCAUGGAGCUCUCCCUUCAUCCUUGAGGAUGGAUUUAUGCAAUUCUUGCCCAUUUAUCACCACUUCCCUCACACAGCUUGCCCAUCUCUUCAGCAGGAGCAGAGGGGUCUCAAAUUUUCCAUCCAAUCACCCCUUCCAGCUCCUACCACCCUGGGCAGGAAAGAGCAAGAUCCCAGAUCUCCACUUGCUCCUGUAAAGACUCCUGGCCUCUUCUCCACCCUCCAUCACAGCCAGUGCUGGGACCCCCAGACCUGCGGCUUCAUUCCUUCCUUCCCUGCCCACCCUAGUCCCAAAAGCCCGGGGCUCCCUGGUCCGCCCUCAUCACCCAGGAUGGCAUCUCAGCAAGACCCUAUGAAUUCAUCAGAUGAGCCCCAUUUCCCACUCUUCCCCAAAUUCGUUCGUCUUUUUGCUCUGCCCUCUGAAACAUGAGCCCUUGUGAGCUCAACCUCUCUGAACAUCGCCUUCCUACUUUCAAGGAAAUCUGCGCCUCCUAGGAGAACACUGCUCUCUCUGUCGUUCUGGCCCAUGGUGGCAUUUCACUCUCCUUCACCACUAGGCCA